AUGUGCACGCUGGGAAAAGACUAUUCCGUCCCUUCUGAGUGCGAAAGGCACCCUCCAUCAAACGCAAGCGAAUUCGAGAGGUUGAAUCGCGAGCUCAUCGCUCCAUGGCCGAGCCACCAUGAACUUGAUCUCAUACGCGCUCUUCCAGUCGGUCUUUCCUCGCAUCUCCACUGUGGAGUGUGCAGGCCACAUUCCAGCUAUAUUGGGGAGGGCGCCCCACUAAUCACCGACGUGCUUCGCCUACCUCCGCUAGAAGCACAUCCAGUGCUUUUUGCGAGAAAGUUACUAGCUCUUGGCACCUUCCUCCAAGGUGCUCUCCCGACAGCAGUGAAGGCUAUGGAGACUCAAGGGUUCUUCCCACGACAAGUGAUGCAUCGCGUUGUUGACGUUGCUAUCAGCCUCGUCACGACGAAGGAUGAGCUUCUACGUUCUGUCGAAGCUAUCGAAUGCAUCAUGCUAGAAGCCUUGUACCACAACUACAGUGGCAAAUUGCAUAGAGCAUGGAUGACAACUCGUCGAGCCAUCAACGUGGCACAGUCAUUGGCACUUCACCACGGGUUUAAGUCACCAUCCGUCAAGGUGUUGGAACCCAAGACCCGCAAAGAUGUUAACCUUGAUCAUUUGGUCUUCCGCUUGGCCGAGAUGGACGGUUACCUUUCCGUCAUGCUGGGCUUGGAGCACUCCUCCCUGGACACUCGUCAUAUUACCUGCGAGAAAGCUUUGGCAGCAUGUGGCCCGGAAGACCGUAUGAAACGCAUACACUACAUUGUACAAGAGCGCAUCAUAGCACGCAAGGACUUCACAGUGGUUGAUCUUGCCCAAACAAAAGAGAUUGAUCAAGUACUUCGUAAAGCUGCAGCAGAGAUGUCGCCAGAGUGGUGGAUGACUCCCACUUUCGCGCUCGACCAUACCGACGAAACCAAAAUAAUGCAUGACAUGAUUCGCAUCAUGGAUCAAUUCGCUCACUACCAUCUUUUGACACGUCUCCAUCUUCCGUAUUUGUUAUUAAGCGAUCGUCGUUACGACUACAAUAAGGUCGUUGUCGUAAACAUAAGUCGAGAGCUUCUUAACCGUUUCCUAAGCUUUCGCGCGUCGAACCCGGCCCAUUACUACUGCCGGGGCUCUGACUUUUUGGCUUUCAUUGCAACAACGACUUUGUGUGUUGCCCAUAUCAAGAAUGGCGGCGAUACAACCGCACAACCUAUUGAAGCUGCAUCUCAUGGUACCGGCUUUGAGUUCCUGGCCCACAGUCGCCUGAGUGAUCGCGGCCUGAUGGAACGAACUUUGGAUGUUAUUGAAACCAUGCACGAUCCGGGUACAGAUGCUAUAGCUUCGAAGAUAUCUCGGAUUCUUCGAGAUCUACUUGCCAUUGAGUCUAGUGCAUCCGAUGGAAAGAUGUACAACGUCACAAAUUCCAAAGCCGACAUCGAAGACUUGGAGUGCGACGGAAGGUCCGUAGAUGAAGGCAAGGUGAUGCGAAUUCAUAUAUCUAACUUUGGGAGUAUUGAUUUCGUCAAGGGCACUGUUUUGAGGACGACCAAUCCUUCGCAGACAGGUACGCCAAAUGCCUUGUCUCCUUCAACUAGGUUUCCAACAGCCACUGGUCGACACUCAAAAUCACCAGAAUCAGAGUCCACAGAGCAUCAGAUUUCUUAUCCGCCGGAUCAGGUACCGGCGACAUUUGAUCCCGGAACCCCUACGUGGCAGGCUCCUAAUGAUUCGUCUUUGGACAUGACAUAUGAAGAUCAUAACCAGGCUGGACUUGAGUUUUCCUGGCCCGAGGGCGACAAUUGGGAUCUACAAGGAGUUGACAUUGCUCUUUUCGAUAGCCUUUUCAAUGGGUCUGUUCAGGUUGACGAGCAACCGGGAGUGGGCUGGAGUUUCUGA